UACACGAGAAAGGAGCGAUGUCACGGAGACUCGAAUAAUAAACCUUUUAGAGAGAGAGAGAGAGAGAGAGAGAGAGAGAGAGAGAGACGCAUACGGCAUACCUCUGCUCUGCUGCCAUGAAUCCAAGCAAAACCGAGGACGAUCUCUUCCACUCCCACCACCACCACCACCACCACCUGGACCCCCCCAUCCUCCACGACCACCACGACGACACCGACUCCCACCCCUCCCUCCUCGACGACCCCUUCUCUCUCCCCCCCACCAUGUCCGACAUCGUCCUCUACCCUUCCUCCGACCCCGACUCCCUCUCCCACUCCUCCUCAGACGCCGACGAAAACCCCACCUCCAAUCCCCUCCUCCCCCCUCCCCACCACGACGCCGCAGUUUCCCUCAACCCCACCACCACAAAAAAAAACCCUAGGCCACCAAACCCAAACAACAUCAUCGACCCCGACCCCCACGUCUCCUCCCAAUUCUACACCUUCAACUCCCAAUCCCACUCCCUCAUGAUCCGCUGCAUCCUCGACUCCCGCCUCGCCACCCCCGACGAGAUCCGCGCCGCCACCCCCUUCCCCGUCCUCGCCAGCUGGCGCGCCGUCUGGAAGGACCGUAACGAGGACACCGCCUACCUCACUGCCUGGAAGCGCAUCCAGGACAAGCUCAACGUCCACCUCACCCCCCACGGUAACCAAUUCCUCUGCUUCAAGUCCAAUUCCAACCAAUUUGUUUCUCACAUCGACCAGUGGCAGGACAUAGUCAUGUCCUCCCACUGCGACGGAGAUUUCAAACACCUAGGGCUUAAGGACACCGUAGAACGAAUUAAGCAGAUGUGGACUGUAGGCGCUAAGUUUUACGGCAUACCUGAGUCUUUCAUUAGGGUUUGCGUGUCAGAGUGUCCGGUGUGUUCAGAUUCGUCCGGGUCAAUGCAACGGACGAAACGACGGAGGUUUGAGUAUACCGAGUCGUUUGAUGUCCCUGCGAAGGAGGUGCCGCGAAAGCUGCAGCAACUCGCAGCGAAGCACAAGGUUGUGUUGUGUAUAAGGCAGAAGUAUAUUAGGUAUAAGCCGUUUAUGGCGGAGGUUAAGGAUUACGCUUGUCACCGGGCGGGAGACCCAGCUUCGUCGAAGAAGUCGAAGGUUUUGAAGAGGGAACCGUAUGCGUCCAAGCGGUGUGGCUGUGGGUUUCGGAUUAGGGCGAUUGUGCCCAUUGCUAAUUAUAAUGAGAAGGAUAAGACGUUUGUGUAUCAGGAGGAAGGGGUGGCUGUGUUUAAGUUGUAUGCAGUGCAUUCGGGGCAUGAACCCGGGCCGUUGGAUGGGAAUGCGAGGAUUAUGCAUCGAGUUGUGGGGCAUAAGGGGGGAUAUUUGAUGGAUCAAGAUAUGGUCUAUGGGAUGGGUGAGGAAAUGGAAAACGAGGGUUUUGGGUUCAUGGGGAAAGACGAAGGGGAUAUGCAGCAUUCUGUUCUGCAACAAGUUCAAGAAUUGAGGAAUGUGGUUGGGUGUCUCGAAGGGAGAAUUGCGAAAAUCCCUAGUGAUCAGUUGGGUUCAGUCUCGCAAGAUUUGUUUGAUGUUGUGAAUAAACUUAGAGCUAUAGGAGACUGUAGUUCAAAGCCAGUUGGAUUCUUUUCAGACAAGUCGCAUUCGGAUGAUGUGCUGGUGGGAGAAAGCGAUUUGGCAGAUUGGGGCGAUCAUGACCACGAAAGGUUGUAUGGCGAUGCCAAGGAUGGGGAUUUGAUUGAGGAUGAUGAAGAUAGCUUUGGGCGAACCCUUGGGGAUGUUGCACCUUGGGAUCAGAUGAGAACAGAGUGUACGGGUGAGAAGGAUCUGCUGGCUGAUGCUUGCAAGCCCGAAAAGUGGCUGAAAUGCGGCGACUUUGAUGAGAAGAGCAUUCUUAACUGCGAGGAUUGCAAACUAAUCAAGCCCAUGAAGCAUGACGAUAAUUUAGUGUCGGAUGUUGGUCUUGUUGGCUUACAGGUUGACAGCUUUUACCCGGAUAAUUCUAAAUGGUAUGAUUCCCCAUGCGAUUUGGACUCAGCUACUGAUUGUGGUGAUAAUGGAUUCAGGCAUGGGGGGAUUGUCUAGAAUAAUAAUCAUGAGUCUGUUAGGUGCCAUUCUUUCCAUUUUCACAGUUGGAAUUGAGUUGUAUAUUUACGCAUACGGAAGAUUGGAGCCUGUGACAUCCCUGAUGUCUCUUUGCCAUAAGUGGUUCACAGACUAUAAAGUAUGGCUGUUUGGCUACUCUGCAUAUACUUCCUUUUAGAACUCUUAUUGGCAAUGUCAUCACCUUCAACCUUUAGUGCGUCUUUGUACUCCGCUUUUAUUGUUGUCUGAACUUCUUGUAUUUACUGUAUGUUAACCUUGUAAUCCAUCCUUUCCAGGAAUUUGAGAUUCACGAAACUUAGAUCUC